AAAAGCCUAACCAGUUUCCCGGUCAUAUUUAGUCGUUAUUCCUUGGCCGUUAAGUAGAAAAGCGAAGUAUUUAUAUUUUCCCCAAAUUGAAAAAAAAAUAAAUCCCCUCCAAAAGACCUAAUUGGUUUUAUUCUAAUUUCAUUAUUCAAGCUUGAUUUCACCUUGAAAAAGGCAGCGGAAACAGAGAGUGUCUUAAUUAGGGUUUUCAAAUUCUCUUUUGUAACCAAGGGCAAUUGGAAUUAAAAAUUCAGUUGGGCAAUGGAAACUGGGGACCCGAACUCUGGAGAAUCACGUACAUCUUUGGUGUUGUUUGUACCUGUCUUGGAUUAAUCUUCCCUGAGUACGACACCCUUUUGGGCCAUUCCACUUAUUUUUGAAAGUUGCGGAAAGCAUUGGUAGAUCGAUUUAGCUAUUUGUAAAUGAGAAUCAGCACCCGUAAGCUAAACAUUACUGGAAAAGGACAGUGCCGAAAGCUGCAAAGUAAAUUAGAAAACGUCAAAAUGCAGGCACCAAAUGAUGGUUUCAGAAAUGAAGGGCUUAUCCCUCAGUUAUUUACUUCUGUCCCAGCCCUCAACGAAGCUGCUUCAUAUCUCUCCCAAACAACUUCAUAUUUAACUAGAUGCUUCACUGAAUCUGCUCAAGAACCAAUGAGUAGAGUUAAUGCUCAGGAACUAGCAACACUUUCAUUUGGUACCAGCAGAUCAUCAUCUACCGAUGGUGAAUCUUCGUAUGGUUCAACAAAUUCUUUAACGACUACUGCUGCUCCAUCUGUACAUGAUGUGCCAAUAAGAGGGUCACCUACACAUACAUCCGAGGAAACUACACAAAAUACGGUAUCAACUCAGACUGGUUUUAACGGAUUAUCCAUGUUCCAAGGUCUUAUUUCCCGGGCACGAAAGACGGUUCGUGGAUCAGCAGAUGAUAUUGGUUGGCUUCAGCGCGCAUCAGGAUUACCACCGGUUGAAGACGGAACAAAGAGAUUUGAUGAAUUGCUUGGAAACAUAAGACAUGGCGUACACACAUUGCCAAACUCGAUGGUUUAUUUAUUGGUUCCAGGUCUCUUCAGCAACCAUGGGCCACUUUAUUUUGUGAAUACCAAAACGUUUUUCUCAAAGUUGGGUCUGGCUUGCCAUAUUGCUAAGAUACACAGUGAGGCUUCAGUUGAGAAAAAUGCACGGGAGAUAAAAGAUUAUAUUGAAGAAAUAUAUUGGGGGUCUGGGAAGCGUGUUAUGCUUCUCGGGCACAGCAAAGGUGGAGUUGAUGCAGCGGCUGCAUUGUCUAUAUACUGGCCUGAUCUUAAAGAUAAGGUUGCAGGCUUAGCAUUAGCGCAAAGCCCGUAUGGAGGUAGCCCAAUAGCUUCUGAUAUACUGCGAGAAGGGCAACUUGGUGAUUAUGUGCAAUUCCGAAAAAUUAUGGAGAUCCUGAUCUGUAAAGUCAUUAAGGGUGACAUGCAGGCUUUAGAAGACUUGACAUAUGAAAAGCGGAAGGACUUCCUAAUGAAGAACCACUUACCAAGGGAACUUCCGGUCGUUUCUUUCCACACAGAGGCUGGAAUUGCCCCUGGGAUACUAGCAAUGUCUCACGUUGCGCAUGCGGAGCUUCCUCUGGUCCCAACUCUUUCAAUGGGAGGUAGCAGCAGCAGCCAAUCUACAAAACUCCCAGUCGUUAUGCCACUUGCUGCUGCAAUGGCUGCAUGUGCCCAGGUUCUUCAAGUUAGGUAUGGGGAAAAGAGCGAUGGACUUGUAACAUGUCGUGAUGCAGAGGUUCCUGGCUCGGUUGUGGUUCGUCCGAAGCGGAAAUUGGAUCAUGCUUGGAUGGUUUAUUCGUCAAUGAACAAUGAUCCAGGUGAAGCUGAUGCCUCCCAAGUAUGCGAGGCGCUCCUUACUUUGUUGGUUGAAGUUGGGCAAAAGAAGAGACUUGCACCUUCCUUGAAGGACGAGUGAACUCAAGAUUUAAAUCAUUUUUUGUUUCAUAUCUCUUUCAUGUUUCACCUAUCAUACUGUUAUUAGCUUUUGUGCUACAAUAUCCUCAGCUUCAAGAUCUGAUCUACGGAUUUGUAGACUUUUAAAUUAACAUUAUUCCAGCGUUGUAGGAUUUUUGUACAUACGCUGUGGUAACUUAUUUGUAUAUGCUCGGAAAAAAAAUCUAUUGUUCUAUCAGGAAAAAUAAAAGAAUAAAAAAUCUUUAUACCA